GUGGGGUCCAAAAAUUGUCCUUUUCCAACAGUUUCUUCGUGACUUGCUUUUUGGAAUUCCCAAAGUUCCAAACUUCAGCUGCUUCUUACCAAAUUCAAUCUCACCUUCCAGUCAAAACUGUUUAUUUUUCAACAAAGAUUUACUGCCUUCCAAUGGAAUUUAGCUCUUCUUCUCCAAAUACCAUUCGUGUAGUGUCCACUUUUGCUUCACCAUUUGAGGGUUCUCCUGACCAAAAUGAUUCCUCCAAUUCUUCUUCAAGCAGAAAACCACUUAGUUUAUGGCCAGGAAUGUAUCAUUCUCCAGUGACUAAUGCUCUUUGGGAAACAAGGUCUAAGAUUUUCGAAAGACUUCUUGAUCCACCACUUGAUGCUCCCCCACAAAGUGAAUUGCUUAAGAAAACCCCAGCAGAGAGCAGGACUUCAAUUCUUUAUAAUUUCUCCACUGAUUAUAUACUGAGGGAACAGUACAGGGAUCCUUGGAAUGAGGUCAGAAUUGGGAAGUUGCUUGAAGAUCUCGAUGCUCUUGCUGGUACUAUCUCUGUCAAGGGUAGAAGGGCAGGCGGCAGGCCAUUAUCCACCGAGUUUUGAACCGUGCUCCUGGGUAUUUCUCGGAUACUGAAAAUAGAAAAAAUUUGGAUUUUCAUGGUUGAAUUUAGAAGUCUAAGGUUGGUUGUUCUGUUGUACAUAUAUGUUUGUCGUUGUUCAAAUUUUCAGUGUUUCCAUGUAUUUUAAUGCCUGAUUCCAUUGGCUAAAACUAUUUAUCAAUAUAGUUCCA